UCCUCUAAAAAACAAACAAGGCGAACGGCGAGCAGCGGCGGCGACGCGGAGAGGCGCAGCGGAGGUUUCCUGGUUUCGGACCCCAGCGGCCGGAUGGUGAAAUCCUCCCUGCAGCGGAUCCUCAACAGCCACUGUUUCGCCAGAGAGAAGGAAGGGAAUAAACCCAGCGUCACCGUUCACCCCAGUCGCAUCAUGCCGCUCAUCAGUCUGCACAGCCGCGGAGGCCGCAGCAGCGAGAGUUCCAGGGUCUCCCUUAACUGCUGUAGUAACCUGGGUCCAGGGCCUCAGUGGUGCUCCGAUGUCCCUCACCCACCCCUGAAGAUCCCAGGUGGGCGAGGGAAUAGUCAGAGGGAUCACAAUCUUUCAGCUAAUUUAUUUUACUCCGAUAAUAGGCUGAAUGUAACAGAGGAACUAACGUCUAAUAACAAGACGAGAAUUCUCAAUGUCCAGACCAGGCUCACAGAUGCCAAACACAUCAACUGGAGAGCAGUGCUGAGCAGUAGCUGCCUCUACAUCGAGAUCCCAGGCGGAGCUCUGCCAGAGGGGAGCAAAGACAGGUGAGGGCCAGCCUGUUGUGUCCUCACUCCUAGGGGAGGAGGGAAACCAGAGUCCAGAGUCGGGCGGCCAUCCCUGUUUUGAGUAGCGGUCUAGCAGU